ACGGGCUACACAUCAAACUUCAUCUUCUUCGGAAUCGCAUUUUCAUAUGUGAUAGAUUCAUAUCCAGAGGGACAGAGAAGGAGAUGAGAUUCAUAAUAGGGAUUUUCAUUUUUCUUUUGAGUUUAUCUUUGAUUGAGGUUGUAAAAGGUUCGAUUCAUGAAUAUAAGAAUGAGGGCUUCAUACCUCGAUUCAAUUCCUUCUUCUUUCAUGGAGGUAGUGAGGGAAUGUAUGCUUCUAAGGUCCAUGGCAAUGCCUCUACCGAAGAUAAACCUAUAAAUGGCAAAUCCUUCAUACGGUUUGAGUCUAUCAUCUUUCGAAGACCAAAGGAGGUUGCUGCUAAGCAGAAUGAGAUGCAACAAAGUACUGGUUUGGUUGAGGCUAUAAUUGUUGAAGUGAAAAACCGGGAUAAGAUUGGUGGUGCAUAUUUAAAUUCCAAUGCUAUAUGUUGUACACCUGAACUUGCCAAUGAUGGUUCCUGCAAGGUAGGAGAAGUCAUCAUUCGCCAAGACCCUGAUAAUCCUGGCUGGCCUAAACGGAUACAGACCCCCUUUGAGGGAAAAAAUGAAGAGGCAAAGAUGUUGCUGCAAACUGUUGAGAUCAAUAGAACAGGAAUGUAUUAUCUGUACUUUAUGUUUUGUGAUCCACAACUCAAGGGAACAAUAAUGAGUGGAAGAACUGUGUGGAGAAAUCCAGAUGGUUAUCUACCAGGGAAGAUGACACCAUUUUUGCCAUUUUAUGGAUUUAUGUCUCUAGCUUAUCUUAUGCUUGGUCUUUUAUGGUUUCUUCGGUUUGUGCAACAUUGGAAGGAUAUAAUACAGUUGCACUACCACAUCACGGCUGUUAUUGGUCUGGGAAUGUGUGAGAUGGCUCUUUGGUAUUUUGAGUAUGCAAAUUUUAAUGUCACGGGAAGCAGACCAAUGGGAAUUACUCUUUGGGCAGUAACUUUUAGUGCUUUUAAGAAGACUUUCUCUCGUCUUCUUCUUUUAGUUGUAUCAAUGGGUUUUGGUAUCGUGCGACCCACCUUAGGAGGUGUAACUUUGAAAGUGUUGCUUCUUGGUCUGAUAUACUUUGUGGCUUCAGAAGCUCUUGAACUUGUUGAAAAUCUUGGAAAUAUCAACGAUUUUUCUGGGAAAGCAAGAGUCUUUCUGGUGCUACCAGUUGCUCUACUGGAUUCAUGCUUCAUUCUUUGGAUCUUUUCAUCAUUAUCUAAAACUUUGGAAAAGCUUCAGAUACGGAGAAGCAUGGCCAAACUUGAACUAUACCGAAAGUUUACUAAUGCUUUAGCGGUAUCGGUGUUGGUUUCUGUUGCUUGGAUUGGCUACGAGUUGUACUUCAAUGCAAGUGAUCCGUUGAGUGAAUUAUGGCGACGAGCUUGGACCAUCCAAGCUUUCUGGGCUUUUUUGGCGUAUAUACUUUUGGUGGUGAUAUGCUUUCUCUGGGCUCCUUCGCAUAAUCCUACCAGAUAUUCAUAUUCGGAAGUUGAGGACGUAGAAGAAGAGGGUAUCUCUUUGACGGGCAGUGGAGUGAAAGUAUCGGGAGAAUUGAUGGAGAGGAAACCUGCGAUUAUAACAGAUCACGUGUUCGAGGUUAUUGAGGAGGACAAAAGAGAAUGACUGCAGAGAGAAUGCAAUGAAAAUGGCAGAAUCAUCUGAGAAUUCCAUUGCUGCAAGAAGGAAUCUAUAUUUUCAGCAGACACCACGGCCAACUGAUAGCGACAAACAUACAAUUUAUGUGGAUCGUUUCGUGUAUUACGAAACCGGUCUUCGGCUUCUUGAUUUGAUUAGAUUUGUUAGUUUUGAACAUGGAUUAUCCUCCUCCUCCUCCCACAGGCCCUAAUGUUUAGCAGUAGCAGUAGCAGUAGUUGUAAAUGCAUUGAAAUGGGAGGAUGAUGAUUUGUAUGUGUAAUAUCUAAUUUUAAGUAACACACAUGUUUAUGUAUCUAUGAUUCUUUCUA